UGGACGUCUUUCUUUAGCGAACAGUCCAUAUCAUGGCGAUUGGGAAGCCUAACACAGACUAAAGGAGAGCGAGAAUAUCGCAAGUGACUGAAGACUUUCCUUACCCUUUGAGCUUGGGCCACGCCCCCGGGGCUUUGCUCGUUAGGCCUGCAUCGGUGGGGGCUCCCUCUCUCGCACCUCCUUCCAGCACGCUCGUCUCGCUCUCGUGUCCCGUCUGUCGUCUCUCUCCUUUCCCUUCCUCUCUCUCUCCCUCUCACUUUCUCCCCUCAUCGCCUGCUGUUAGGUCUGUCUCAGUGUGAGUGUUGGGGGGCGUAUGAGGAUCCGCAAGCGGAGUCAGUUGGUGGCUCCAGCCACGACGUGGCCGCUGCCCAUCUCCUACAAGUAUCAGACGUCGCCGACGGAUGGGGUCAUGCGGAGCUCUAGGGACAAGAGCGCAGCUGCAUCGCCCGCCACUGUAUGCAGCAGCAUGCAGGAGAAUCGGCGAGGGGAUGAGGAUGGAUUGCCUCCGGCGUCGCCCCAGUCCAGCUCCGAGGUGUGCGCGGAGCCGCCGGAAUUGGAGAAUCACCGACUAUCUGAUGCAGUUGUUAAGACCAUUGAGAGCGAUGCAGAUCGGUCAUGUCCACCCGAGGACGCAGUUACCGACGAAAUUCGUCAAAAGGAGUCACCCACGAAGAGGCGAAAGAUUGAACACGAAAUGAGUCCUAUUUUCAAGGGGUCUUCUUCCAUGACUGCGGCAGAGCUGCUCGUGGUGAAUGAAUUGGCCAAUGGUGUGCGUCAAAGGUUGGCUGCUUCAGAACAGUCUACAACAACAGAACAAGUGCCAGCGAAGUUGCCACCACUAAAAUUCACGGAGAAUUCCAAAGACGCUUUGAUAAGUUCCAUAUUUUACGUGUUCGACACUUGUGGCGAGAGUGGUCUAUCGGCUAGCGAGGUAGUUAAGUACAUGUUAGAACAACGUCUUCCAGGGCUCAAGGAAGGUGGAGCAAGACACACUGUCCAAGUAGCCAAUGUUCUCCGAUCCUCUUCCUCUUUCAUCUCAUUAGGAGACAAGAAAUAUCUGCUUUGCUCUACUUUGGAUGUGAGAACAGAAUCGAAGAAACCAACUGGUGCAACCCGGCCCGUGCAUAGGAGCGCAUCACCAGGAUCAGGUAAUGAUGGCAAGGAAUCACCCAAUAACGAAGACGAUUCUUCACAGUAUGGAGUGAAACCUGGGAGAGGAAGCAACUUGCAGCAGUCGAGCAAAUCGACGAUCACCGAGAAGAGCUCCCACUUGAGUACAAGGCAUGGCAAGAAUGCGCAAACUGAGAAAUCCAAGGACGGUAUGGCACUACCGAACCCCGUCCAGGAAGAGAGACAAACUUCUGAUGAGGAAGUUGCCGAGCCAACAGUGGUGAAAGUUACCAGACGGCGCGGGCCUUCUUCCUCGCAGAAAGGCAAAGGCCCCACGCAGUGCAAGCGCUAUGAUGGCAGGGGUUGGCAAUGUUCUCGUCUCACUGAACCCGGUUACUCGUUGUGUGUUCAUCACCAAGACUUGAUCAACAAGCGUGCCGCCAAGCUCAAAGAACAGCAAACUUUGAGUAGAUUGAUGGAGUCCGUGAGCCGGAAAGCAAAGAUCCUGCCAACAGCCGAGAGCGCCAAGACACCUGAAUCGCAAGAGAAUGGGAAUCCCAAACCACCAUCCAGCAAAAAUAGGGAUGCUAGGGACCAUAACAGGGAUCGAGAGAGGGAUAUUAGAGAAACCACUCCUGGAGCUCCGGUCCAGAAGCGGAAGAUGCUCUCAUUAUUAGCAAUCAAGUAGCCAUGGCUUUGUACAAAUUUUCGGUUAUGGAUUUAGGACAUUUUUGAUUAACCAUCUCUGUAGUGUUUUUCAACUCUGAAUUUGCUUUCCAAUUGCCAGUGCAUGCAACGUAGUGCCUUCCUCUCAAGGGCUCUUUUGAUA